UCCUCAUUUAACUUCAAUGCGUGAAACCACGUUGUUUACAGCGAGACGUAAUUUUAUUUGGAACAAAUAAGUUGAAACGUGCGUAUUAUUUUUCAUCAUGUUGGUGCUUUUUGAAACUUCGGGAGGUUUUGCAAUAUUUAAAUUACUAAAAGAAAAGAAGCUUAAAAAGCCUGAUAAUCUUUAUGAGGAAUUUGAAUCUCCUGAAAAAGCUGCUAAGCUUCUGAAGUUGGUUCACUUUGAAAAAUUUGUUGAUAUGGAAGAUGCCUUGGCUACAGCUUCGUCAGUAAUCAACAACAAAUUGAGUAAGAAAAUGAAAAAGUGCUUGAAAAAUCUGGUUUCUGAAGAAGCGCAGGAAGAAUUGGCUGUUGCUGAUAAAUUUUUGGGGCAGUGCAUUUCCAAAAAAUUAAACAUCACAUGCGUCAACAACAAUGCAGUUGCUGAAUUAAUGCGUUGCAUUCGUGAGCAUCUAGACAGUUUGAUGCAAGGUAUAUCUACAAAGGAAUUAACUGCUAUGUCAUUAGGAAUUGCUCAUGGAUUGGCUCGCUACAAAUUCAAGUUUAGCCCUGAUAAAAUCGACAAAAUGGUUAUUGAAGCCGUUUCUGCUUUGGAUGAUUUGGAUAAAGAAAUUAAUAAUUAUGUGAUGAGACUAAAAGAAUGGUAUGGUUGGCAUUUCCCAGAAUUGGCCAAACUCAUAAAUGAUAACCAGCUUUAUCUUAAAAUCAUUGUUCACAUGGGUGACCGUGAGAAUGCACCCAAGACUGAUUUUUCCACCUUCCUUAGUGAAGAAGAUGAAGACAAAGUGAAGAAAAUGUCUGAAAUUUCUAUGGGCUGCGAGAUGCAGGAAGAUGAUAUGUUCCAGAUCCAAAGUACCUGCAAAGAAGUUAUGCAUCUUCAAGAAUGUCGUGCCAAUCUGUAUGAAUAUUUAAAGAAUCGCAUGGUUGCAGUUGCUCCCAACGUAGUGGCACUUGUAGGAGAAAUGGUUGGUGCUCGUUUGAUAGCCCGUGCUGGAUCUCUUAUUAAUCUUGCUAAACAGCCAGCCUCAACCGUACAGAUUUUAGGUGCCGAAAAAGCACUCUUUCGAGCUCUUAAGGCAAGGCAUGAAACACCAAAAUAUGGUCUUAUUUAUCAUGCACAGUAUGUUGGUCAGACAAACGCAGCAAAUCGUGGAAAAGCAUCUCGUAUGCUUGCUGCAAAGACUUCUCUUGCUGCCCGUGUUGAUGCUUUUGGUGAGGAGGAUAUUGAUAUUGGAACAGCACAUCGAGCAACUCUAGAACGGAACCUGAAAAGGAUAGAAGAAGGCAAGAAAACACGAAUCAGUGGAACUGGCAAACAAAAGGCAAGGUUUGAGAAAUAUGAAAAUAAAAGCAAAGUUUUCCAAUAUAAAUCAUCUGAUGAUUCAUUCUUACCUGCUAAGAGUGAGAAGUCCUUCGGCAAGCGAAAAUCUUUUUCUGAAGAUCAGGAGAAACCUUCAAAGAAAAUUAAAGUUGAAGUAAAGAAGGAGGAGGAAGAAGGAGAUGAUGAAUAAACUGAAUUCCUCCCCUCAUUUUUUUUUAUCAUUAUGCAGGCAUCUUUAACUUGAAUUCCUCAUAGAAUAAAGGCAUUUUGUUUUUCAUCCACAUUGUUAAAGGACAUUCCUGGUGGACUAUUGUAGAAAAUUUUUUCUAUGAGAAGUUCUUGUUAUUCAUAUAUCUGCUGUUAAAAGAAGCCAUUUGUUAUAAAUUUUAAUAAAAAAAUUUAAAUUCAGAAA